AAAAAAUGUUCAUGAAAGUGUAGGCAGCUACAGAAUGUAGAAUGGAAUAAGCAGAAAAAAUGUCUAAAGCUUCGUAAGCGAAACUAUGUGAAAGGCAAUGAACAAACGUUUUCACCUUGAUUGCAGUGAUUACAUUGGUAUAAAAUUUGAUAUUUUGAGUCGUUUUGAUGCGUCGCAAAUAUAUAGAAUGUAACGAAAUGAUUACGACCAAUGUAUUUUUUCAGCAAUACACUUUAUUGGGCCUUGCAAAAUAUUAUUUUUCAAAUAAAGUCCUAAAGAUGUCAAAUCCGGAAAAUCAAAAGCUAAUUUCAUGGGUCAGAACUCUCAUGAUUUUGGCGGGUUUUUGGAAUCAACCCAUUAGCAAUAACCAGAUAAUCACCAAGAUGUUUUACGUUUAUUCAGUUAUUAUGAGGUUAUCCUGCAUCUUGUUUUGGCUCUCCUUAGUCGCUGAAUUAGCACGACUAAUUAUUUACCAAUAUGAAUUGUCGAUUAUUGUUACAAGCUUGUCCGUGGUUGUGACCGAUUCGAAAAUUAUGAUAAAAAUGAUACUUUAUUUAAAAAACAACACAUUGAACUUAUUAGAGGAUAUAAUUGAGAAAGAGGGCGAAGUAUGGGCCAGCAGAUCUGAGGAAAUCAAAGCGUUGUAUCGCAGAAAAAUUGCUUUUCUGAAAGUGGCCGUUUUUAUAAUGGGAACCAGCAAUUUUUUAACAAUAAUUUGGCUGGAAAUUUCAGGAGUUUUUACGGUAAUUCAACAUAAAGAACACAAUGCAAUCUUCAAUGACUCCAUUGAAUCUCACGUGAUGUAUCAAACGAUUUUUCCAUUAGAUAGAACAAACCAUGUGUAUUGGCUGCUUACAACCCAAGUUCUAUGGGCCUGGGUUGGACUAAUUUUCAAUUUAGUUACACAACUCAUUUUUGUUACCAUAUUAUUAUAUGCUGCGUCCCAACUGGAAAUUAUGCAGGUCCGUUUUAGGAAUUUAAUAGAACAGGAUUUCGAUAUUAUGGCUGGCGAAGAAAAAGUUGCCGAAAAGGUUAAAGAAUUGAAAGGGCUGAUACAUGAUCUUCAAUAUGUUGUCACGUUUAUCAAAAACUUCAACAAAUCUACAAAAUAUAUUACAAUGAUGGAAUUUAUUUUCAGCUCACUGGAUAUGGCAACAGUUUCUGUUAGUCUUAUGAAGCAACAAGAAUAUAAGUCAUUGUGGCUUCUUUUCUUUAUUGUGUUGCUAUUCACGCAGCUGUUUCUCAUUGGUUGGACCUCAAAUGAAAUAAAAGUCCAGAGUGAGGCAAUUGGUGACGCUUUAUACCAAAGUAAAUGGUAUGUGCUAAAUAAAGAUGGUAAGCAGAUCAUCUUAAUUUCAAUCGCCCGAGCUCGGAUUCCUUUAAUGAUGACUAUAGGCCCAUUUGGACCCAUGACAACUAAUUCUAUACUGUUGGUACUGAAAGCGGCAUAUUCAUACAUUAACAUUAUGAUGCGGGGAUAGAAUACAAAUAUGUAACUGACUGUUUAAAAUAUACUCGCAUGUUUCACGCUCGUUUGUUCCAUUUAAAAAUGAACUAUUGUAGAAAAAUAAUAAAUUUGUGCAUUCUAUUUCUUAGUUUUACUCACAGGUCCUGUUACAGUUUAUCAAUU